GGCCAAUGGCAGGAAUUAGUGGGAAGAUGGUGUCAGGCAGGAUCUCCGCUUUGACGUAGGCACCGCACAGAAUCCUACACGAAGGCCUUCCUAGCAGUGCCUAAUUGGGUCGCAAAACUCCUCGGGCUAGUUUCUUUAGGUCCUGCCCCCGAACUUAAGAAUGAAACAAUAAAGAGUGAAAAAGUGGAGGAAAAGUGAUUUUAGUGUGGCCUCGACGCGGAGGAGGAGACAGCAGCGAGCACCCGCGCAGCUUGCGGUGGGGUUGUCUCCAGGACCCCGAGGCGGGGGACGGAGUGGGGAACUUUCCUGGUCUCAGCUGCCACAAUGGGCACAGCAGAGCGGAGCAGGGGGGCCGCCACAAGGGAGGAGCAAGACCGGAGGCAGACCCUGAGCCAGAGCCAAGGGGUGGCAACGCGGCUCCCCCAGGAGGCAGGGGCCUGAACCAGGGGCGAGCCGGCGGGAGGGGCCACGCGGGCUAGCCCAGAGCAGGGAUCAGUGACCAGGACCAGAAAGGACGCGGGCGGGGCCGAAGGAGGAAACUGGCUGCCCUCAGGAGGGGCUGGGCCAGAGGCAGAGUUCGGCCCUCCCCUUGGCUUAAGGGCCUGGGCAUUGGGGCGCAGGGGCUCCUGGCCAGAGUUAGGGAGCGUUGGAAAGCACCUCCCUAACCUAAAGGCCCUACUUUGGGGAUUUCCCCCUGCACCCCUGGCCUUCCCCUACCUUGCACCUGGGAGGAAGGCCAGAGGCUUCUUGCUGCCACACCUGCUCAGAGCCUCAGCCUGUCUGGACCAGGAGGGAGCAGGGCACAGGGUGUGAUCAACCCCCCGCAGGGGACAGAUUUAGGGUCACCUGGUGCAGGAAACCCCUUGCCCUCUCCCUGAGCUGGUGUGGGGCAUUCAGGGAGAUGAUGUGAACCAGAGGAACCUGGAGGUGCUCAGCCCCUGCUUCUAGGACUGCUGUGGGGCUUCCUCCCCUAGUAGCUCCCCAGGGCCACAGGGUUGUGGCUUCUCAGGGAACUGUCUCCUGGGUACUGUCUCCUCCCCCAACGCCAGCAGGGGGUCCAGGACUGUGCUUCUGGCUGCCUCCUUGCUGGACAGCUUGUGGCAACUUCCUUAAGUCCUCAGCAGCCCACAUCUCUUUUGACUCUCAGGGGAAAUUGUUGGAGGACUUGUUGGGUUUUCCCACUUUCCAGAGCUACAUUACACCCCAAUCCCUUAGACCUCCAAGAAGGCAGACCUGUUGAGACACUGAAAUUCAGAACUCCUUGGCAUUGGGAUGGUCUGAAUCAGAUCUAAGCCAUUUUCUGGGCAGAAGGAAACUUCUAGGGAGAUGGAUGCUUUUUUAAGGUAGGGCCCUAAUGGAACUGGCUGUAGUCAAAACCCCUUGAGGCAGAGACCCUUUGGUGGCCUGGUGGACAUCUGUUCAACAAGCCUGGCUGGGCUUGUUGUGGAAGCCUCUUCUCCAUACCCCUCCCUAAUAGAUCGGGGCUUCAGUGAGUUGUGAUUAUACCACUGCACUCCAGCCUGGGCAACAGAGUGAGACUCUGUAAAUAAAUAAAUAAAUAAACAAACAAAUAAAUAUAUAAAUAUCAAAACAAAUACUUGCUCUGUAUUAAACAGCAGUCUUGGGCCAGAUGGUGGGACUCUCCCACCUCCUCCUUGUCCCAGGCAGCAGAGGGUAGAGGGCCUUUCUGAUCUCCCCUCUGUACCACCCCAGCCCAGCUGCAGCCCCACCAUGUGUAUGUAGGUCAUCAGGAAAGCUCACCCUCAGCCCUUCAUGGACAGAGCUUCCUCCUGUCUGGUACUGGUGACCAGCACCUCUCUAUUCGAAGACAGGCCUCUCAGAGGGCUAUAAACACAAACACAGGUGGGCGAGGCUACCCAAUGCUGCCAACCACACUGAAAGCACGGUGACUGCCAGCUGGCUCAGGGCUUGGGAUUGGUGAUUGGCAGGAGAUUCAGAAUUUGGUCUUGGGGUACCCACUUAUGAAUUUUCUCUAUCUCCUCUCCCUUACUCACUCCCAGUGAGUCAGGUUUCUGAGUUGUCCUGGUCUGCCACUUUCAUUUCCCCUAGGGCUGGGUGGAGGCUAAGUUAGAAAGAGGAACUGAGCCCCCAGGCUUCCGAGGUUGAGGCCAGGGGCAAGGCUGAAGCUUUCCACCUCUCCUGUCCCAGCCUCUGGGCCAGGCAGGGCUGGCCUCACUCUUCCUGGGCCCAGACCACUGAGGUGGGCAAGGCUGAGAGUGGCCUGCAGAGGAAGACUCUAGCAAUGCAGAGGUGGCUCUAGACAGUUGCAACCCAAACAGACCCCCUUGCCAUGAACCAGCCCACUCCCGGGGCUCCUGCCCCGCCCCGCCGUGUGCGGCUUAAGCCCUGGCUGGUGGCCCAGGUGAACAGCGGCCAGUACCCAGGGCUUCAGUGGGUAAACGGGGAAAAGAAAUUCUUCUACAUCCCCUGGAGGCAUGCCACCAGGCACGGUCCCAGCCAGGACGGGGACAACACCAUCUUCAAGGCCUGGGCCACGGAGACGGGGAAGUACACCGAAGGGGUGGACGAGGCCGACCCAGCCAAAUGGAAAGCCAACCUGCGCUGUGCCCUUAACAAGAGCCGUGACUUCUGCCUCAUCUAUGAUGGCCCCCGGGACAUGCCGCCCCAGCCCUACAAGAUCUACGAGGUCUGCUCCAAUGGCUCUGCUCCUACAGAGUCCCAGCCUGUUGGAGCAGCAGGAGAAGAGGAGGAGGAGGAAGAGGAAGAGCUCCAGAGGAUGUUACCAGGUCUAACCAUCACAGAAGCAGUGCCACCUGGCCGCCCCAUGGUCCCCUUUUCUUUACCCAAAGAAGAUGUCAAGUGGCCACCCACCCUGCAGCCACAUGUGGUGCUGGGACCCCGUGCUCCAGACCCCAAUCUCCUGGCCCCACCCCCUGGUGCUCCCUCUAGCUUCGGGGAGAUUGUCUCUGAGGUCCUGCCAAGCCUGGAGCCUGGGCCCCUAGGUGCCAGCCUGCCCCCUGCAGGACAGCUCCUGCCCGACCUGCUGAUCAGCCCCCACAUGCUGCCGCUGACGGACCUGGAGAUCAAGUUCCAGUACCGGGGACGGCCACCCCAGGCUCUCACCAUCAGCAACCCAAAUGGCUGCCGACUCUUCUACAGCCAGCUGGAGGCCACUCAGGAGCAGGUGGAACUUUUUGGCCCUGUGAGCCUGGAGCAAGUGCGCUUCCCCAGUCCUGAGGACAUCCCCAGCGACAAGCAGCGCUUCUACACAAACCAGCUGCUGGAUGUCCUGGACCGCGGUCUCAUCCUCCAGCUGCAGGGCCAGGACCUGUAUGCCAUCCGCCUGUGCCAGUGCAAGGUGUUCUGGAGCGGGCCCUGCGCCUCAGCCAAUGGCUCGUGCCCCAACCCCAUCCAGCGGGAGGUCAAGACCAAGCUCUUCAGCCUGGAGCAUUUUCUCAAUGAGCUCAUCUUGUUCCAGAAGGGUCAGACCAAUACCCCACCACCCUUUGAGAUCUUCUUCUGCUUUGGGGAGGAGUGGCCUGACCCCAAACCUCGAGAGAAGAAGCUCAUUACUGUACAGGUGGUGCCUGUAGCAGCUCGGUUGCUGCUGGAGAUGUUCUCAGGGGAGCUCUCUUGGUCAGCUGAUAGUAUCCGGCUACAGAUCUCAAACCCAGACCUCAAAGAUCGCAUGGUGGAGCAAUUCAAGGAGCUCCAUCAUAUCUGGCAUACCCAGCAGCGGUUGCAGCCUAUGGCCCAGGCCCCUCCUGUGGCAGGCCUUGGGGCUGGCCAAGGGCCCUGGCCUAUGCACCCCGUCAGCAUGCAAUAACAUGUCUGCAGGUGGUGACUGGCCCAGGUUUCCUGGGUGGACAUGGCUGCAGGAUGCUACCUCCGGAUUUCCUUGGGCUGAGGAGAGGAAGGAGAAGCCCAAGACCCACGUUCUCCCUCAAAUCAAAGCUUGGAGGGCUCUGCCUACUAGGGCCUGCCUCUCCUUGUCUGGUGUGCCCAGCUCUGGAGAAAGCAGCCCCAGGGAACAUGGAACCCCGGGGCCUAGUUGUACAGGAGAAAUUACCCCAGGGUGGCCCACUCUUGUGGUUGCCUCAUUUGGCAAAAAGAGCCAAGGAGUGUUGUGGGAUAGGUCUUCCCAGCAGGGCCUCUCAGGGCAUGACCUUGGUCUGAGCCUGGCUUCCUCAUCUUCCUCCUUCCUGAUAUGAUAGAUAUGAACAUGUAGGUAUCACAUCAGAUACUUAAGGCUGGCAGCUGCCCCACAUCUUGAGAGUCCAAGAACCUGGGAUAGAAAGAAUUUUAUGUAUUUUUUGAUUAAUAAAUGAUUUUAAAAAACAGAUUUAUAGCUGUUUCUUUACCUUUUUCAGUACCAGUUGUUUCCAUGCUGUUCUUCCAGACCUUAUUUCAGAUGCCAGGUGGCCCCCCAACUUGGGCCACUGACAUGGGGAAGGCCUGUCUCCAGGCUGAUGAGUCAGUUGGGCCUUUAUAAACCUCACCUGGCCAGCUUUGCUUUCCAGGAGGAAGCCAGCAGAAUGUUAAAUGUGUACGGUCUAGAAACCUGUCAAAAUCAAUUUUCCCAGCUGGGCGUAGUGGUUCACACCUGUAAUCCUAGCACUCUGGGAAGCCAAGGUGGGUGCAUCACUUGAGUUCAGGAGAUCGAGACCAGCCUGAGUAAGAGACCCUGUCUCUACUAAAACUAGAAAAACUAGCUUGACGUUGUGGUGGGCACCUGUAGUGCCUGCUACUCAGGAGGCAUAGGCAAGAGAAUCACUUGAGCCCAAGAGUUUGAGGUUGCUGUGAGCUAUGAUGCCAUAGCACUCAACCACAGGGCAACUGAGUGAGACUGUCUCAAAAAAAAAAAAAAAUACAAUCAAUUUCCCAUAAACAAUAAGAAAAGGAAGGCUAGAGUGGUGCUUGUGACUCAAAGGAGUAGGGUACCGGAGGUGGGGGGUUCAAACCCAGCUCCAACCAAAAACAGCAAAGAAAAAAAAAAAAAAGGAAAGGCUAGUAUUGCAGUUAGGUUUGGGACUAUUACAAUAUACAACUCACGUAUAUUCAAUGUGAUCUUAACUAUAUCAGGACAAUGCCUCUUUUGAAUCUGGUUCAUAGAUGUAAUUUUCUGGCUUGAACAAUUUAUCUUUUUAUUAUGGAUGAUUUGAAACAUUUGUGAGAAUAGGGAGACUGCUAUGAAAUAUGUAGCAACUUCAGUGAUUAUCAAUUUGUAGUCAAUCUUUCUCAUCAAAACUCUAUCUAUACCCCUCCCUGAGAUUACUGUAACCCAAAUCCUGGACAGAACAUUUUGUGUAUAUAUUCAUCAUGUAUCUCUAAAGGACAAGGACAAUCGAAAAAAUAAAGCCAAAAGUCAUUAUUA